UGCUGACACUCCGACCAGGACGAAGAAGAUGACUAUAUUAUGCAGUUCGGCACCAAGAAGAGGAAGCGGGAUGCGGACUACACAAGCUCUGAUGAAGCCGACGACUCCUCUGUAGAUGACGACGAGCUUGAAAACCUUCGCGGCACACGCCGUAGACGAGGCCUGAUUGAUGACUACCUGGAGAUUGGAAAUGGUCGGCGUAGCACCAGGGCGAGCACGCGCGCCAGCUCGCAUCUCGUUUCUAGCGAGGGCGAACACGGAGCAGAGACAGGACGGGGCAGGCGCCUUCGGCCCAGAGCCAGCCUUGCUCUCAAUCAGGGCUUCCAGUACGACGACAGAGACGAGCUCCAGGACUCGGACGGAGAGACGAACGAUCCCACAUUUGCCUUUGUGCAAUCUGAUAUUGUCAAGACGAGGCGAAGGCGCCUGAGGAAGGGAACCGCGACGGUGCGACGGUCAGCACCGGUCUCGUCGCUGGGCGGAGACUCGGAUAUCGAGUUUGAGCCUCGUCGUCGCUCAUCGCGCGCCAACAGGAAUACCAGAGCCAUGGCCGACAACUUCCUCGAGGAUGACGACACCUUCUACGUCGAAGAAGAUAGGACCUCCGCUACGCCCAAAGUCGUCGGCAUGCGUGAGGUUUUCCAGGCGGCCUCGUAUGACUUUAAGGAAGCUCAUCAGACCGUGUGCGAUUCAUGCGGCUUUGACGAGAGGAAGGGGCCUCUGAUCGGCUGCCAGGGUUGUUCUAACUCGUACCACAAGGCAUGCCUUGGCGUCCGCAGUGUUCGAGACCACCGUGUCACAAAGGUCGCAGAGGACUCGUUCGUCUUGCAGUGCCGGUUCUGCGUCGGCAUUUACAAGCAGAAGGACCCCCGGGCUCCCAGGCACGACGUCUGCCAAGCGUGCUACGGAAAGAAUCCGUCUUGCGUGCCUUUUUCGGAAAAGAAAACGCCCAAGCAGGAGGAAGCACUGCGCAUUGAGAACGGCGGUGUGGACCCAAUCACCCCCGUUGACCCGAAACUCGUCAACAACCCCGAGAAUGUCUUCUUUCGCUGCGGCCGCUGCCGUCGUGCGUGGCAUUACGAACACCUCCCGCAUCCGAACAAGUCCCGGGAUCCCGUCUUCGACGAUCCCUUGAACCUGCGCAAGCAUCGUCUCCAGGAGUACCAAAUCUCCUGGAUGUGCAAGGCCUGCCAGGACACGGAGGAGGAAAAAGUCGACAAGCUGGUGGCAUGGCGCCCGCGCGAACCCAGGUUGUACAAAAAGGACCAGCCGAUAACCGACUACAACGAGGAACAUCUGGAGUAUCUGGUCAAGUGGGAGAAUAAAUCGUACAACCACUGCAUCUGGAUGCCCGGAGCCUGGGUCCACGGCGUUGUCAGCGCAAUCAUGAGGCAGGCUUUCGUCAAGCGCACGUUUGGGAACGAUUCAGACGAGGCUGUUGAUGGCGAAAGGCAGCACGUCGACUCGCUCCUUCGGUGGACCGAGAAGGAGGCGAUACAUGACUCCUGGAUCACCCCCGACAUCAUCCUCGAUGUUCAUUACGCCCCGAGGACGCGCGAGGCCGAGAAGAAGUACAGGGCCAAGUCCGUCAAAGAUAAGUUUGAAGACGACCUGAGCCGGAUUCACCACGUCAUCAAGAUCUAUGUCAAAUUCGAGGGCCUGGGGUAUGAUGACGCCGUCUGGGACACCCCGCCGGCUCCCGACACGGGGCCGAUCUACGACGCCUUCUGCGAGGCCUAUCGCGAGUUCCUCAACGGUAGGCACUUUCAGUCGGAGCCGUGGAAGAACAUGGUGGCGCGGAUCGACGAGUUCCGCCAGCGUGACUUUUGCGCCGACAUCGAGGUCAAGCAGCAACCAAAAGGGCUGCAGCGGGGCAAGCUUAUGCAGUAUCAGCUUGACGGCCUCAACUGGAUGCUUUAUAACUUUCGUGAGGAGCGCAGCGUCAUCCUCGCUGACGAGAUGGGCCUUGGCAAGACCGUCCAGGUCGUCGCCCUCCUCUCCAGCUUCAUCCAGGAUAACCCGAGAGUAUGGCCAUUCUUGAUCGUCGUCCCCAACGCGACAUGCGCAAACUGGCGUCGGGAGAUCAAGAAGUGGGCUCCCGACCUCAGGGUCGUGGCCUACUAUGGCGGGAGAGUCUCCCAGAGGCUUGCCCUGGACUAUGAGCUCUUUCCGAACGGGCCGCGGGAAAUGAAGGCGCACGUUGUCAUCAUGUCUUACGAAUCGGCCAAGGACAAUGAGACGCGCUCUCGUUUCGGCAACACGAAGUGGGCGGGCUUGGUCGUCGACGAGGCCCAAGCUCUCAAGAACGACGAGAACACGUUAUACAGAGCCCUCCAGGCCCUGCGCAUCCCGUUCAAGUUGCUGCUUACCGGGACGCCUUUGCAAAACAACAAGCGCGAGCUGUUCAACCUCCUGCAGUUCAUCGACCCGUCCUUCCGGGCCGAGGAGCUUGACCAGCAAUUCGCUCAGAUCACGUCGGAGAACCUGCCCGAGUUGCACAGUCUGAUCCGGCCUUAUUUCCUUCGCCGGACAAAGGCCGAGGUCCUCACCUUCCUUCCUCCGAUGGCGCAGAUCAUCCUCCCAGUGAGCAUGACCGUCUUGCAGGAGCGCCUGUGCAAGUCGAUCAUGCAACGGAACCCGGAGCUCAUCCGGUCCGUCUUCGUCCAGGGCAAACUCAAGGCCAACGAGAGGGCCGGUCUGAGUAACAUCCUCAUGCAGCUGCGCAAGUGCCUGUGCCACCCGUUCAUUUAUAGCCAGGCCAUCGAGGACCGGGGCGCCCCCCCGGAGGUGGCGCGCCGUAAUCUGAUUGAAGCCUCGUCCAAGCUUAUGCUGCUCGAGAUUAUGCUGCCGAAGCUGAAGGAGCGCGGUCACCGAGUGCUUCUGUUCAGCCAGUUCUUGGACCAGCUCACAAUCUUGGAGGACUUCUUGGCUGGCUUGGGCCUCCGGCAUGAGCGUCUCGACGGCCGUCAGUCGAGUAUGGAGAAGCAGAAAAAGAUCGACGCCUUUAACGCGCCCGACUCGGACAUCUUCGCCAUGCUGCUCUCCACGCGAGCAGGCGGCGUGGGUAUCAACCUGGCUACCGCGGACACGGUGAUCAUCCUGGACCCUGACUGGAACCCGCACCAAGAUAUCCAGGCGCUGUCGCGCGCUCACCGCAUCGGGCAGCGCAAGAAGGUGCUCUGCUUCCAGCUGAUGACGGUGGGCUCGGCCGAGGAGAAGAUUCUCCAGAUUGGUAGGAAGAAGCUCGCUUUGGACCAUCUGCUCAUUGAAACCAUGGACAAUGAGGAGGAUGCUCCGAACGACGUUGAGUCGGUUCUCAAGCACGGCGCGGCCGCCCUAUUUGGCGAGGGUAAGAAGAAAGAAACCAUCACCUACGACUCGGCCGCCGUCGAUAAGCUCCUGGACCGCUCCAUGAUCGAGGAGACCAAGACCGGAGACGACAAGUCGGCGGAAUCUGCCUUUGCCUUUGCCCGCAUCUGGGCCAACGACGAGGGCACGCUUGCAGAGGAGCUGCAGGAGGAGACCGAGCAGACUAUCAACAUGAGCGUCUGGGACCAGAUCUUACAGCAGCGCGCGGAGGAGGCUCGGCGUGAGGCGGAGCGCAACAUGGAGAAGCUCGGCCGGGGCGGCCGUCGCCGCGGAGCUGCCAACUAUACGGGCCCCCGAUUCGAGUUCGACGAGGCUCAGGAAGCUGCCGCAGCUGCAGAGAGCGAUCGGGGCUCCGUCGACGGCGAUUUUGUCGGCAGCGAUAAGAGCGAGCCCGAGUCCACCGACGAGGACACUGUGCGGUCGGGUGAGUCUAGCAGAACUAACAUGCGGAAUCCAGGCAGACAAGACUCCGAAUCACUCGACGCCCGGGCCGCGAUCAAGAAGAUCCGCGACUCCCGCUACUCCCGCGAGUACUCCCGCGAACCCCGGAACCCCAAAGUCAAGGGGCCAGAAGCCACAACCACUGCGGUCCUCCGGCCGCCGCCAGCCGAAGACACCGACGAAAACAACAAGGCCCUCGCCCAGAAACCCCCCGGCAAAAGGGGUCGGCCGCGCAAACACCCAGAGCCGGCGGGCCAACACCAAGCUACCACUGCCCCCGCUCGAGCUGGUGCCGCAGGACCAGGGGCAGGAACAGGAACAGCAUCAGCAGGAACACUGGCAGGACAUCCAGCCACCGGCAGACGCAACCCAAGCCAGAACAAGCUCAUCCGAAAAACCCUGCCAGGUGAAGGCAUCGCCUGGACCGUCGACGAUGUGAAGGUCGACCCAGGCCGGCGCUCAUCAGUUCCUCCUCCCAGACCAAUCAUCCAAAGUACUACCCCCAUCCCUGUCCCCAAGAUCCCCUCCUACACUCCUAUCGCAACUUCUGUUGCUUCCCCUCUUUUUUCGAAUCCAGCAGCAGCACCGGCAGCGGUUCCAGUCCACAGCAUACCGCCGCCGCCGCCGCCGCCGCCAGCACCUGCACCAGCAGGGCCCUCCUCCAUCGCGCCGGUUGAAGCCCAGAUGCAGUUCCAGGCCUGCUUUGUGUGCCGAUACACGCACCCGACGACGUGGGAGUGCCCGGAGAUGCGGUCAGAGGUGCAUCUGCGGUUGCUCCUGGACCAGCUCAAGAGCGUGUCGGGACCAGUCGCGGGCGAGGAGGGCGCGGGCGCGGGCACGGUGGCAACGGCGGCGCUCGUGGCCCAGCAGAGGAGGGCGUUCGUGUUGGAAAAGCUGAGGCAGAUCAAGGCAGAGCAGGUGGCUGCUGCUAGUAGUGGUCAUUGAUCGUUAAGGGGUGUGAGGUAGGGGAGGAACAAGGUGGGAGUCAAGGCUGGGUUGAGUGGGCGGAUGUGGUGGAGGCCGUAAACGGUUUACGGUCACAUGCGGAAGGCGUCGACUUCCUUUUUUUUUAAUAUGAAGAAAAGGAAUUGCUUAGGGAGAAGUUUCGGGAAACGAGAGCAGAUCUCCUCUUUCUGCAUCGGCGGGCGCCGGGAUACCAU